AUUAACUGUAUCCACAGCUCGUCUUCGUUCUACCUGACCUUGCGCUAUUUGGUGGGUUUUCAGUCCGAUAACGAGUUCGCGCUAUUCGAUUUCGAUUCCUAUUCCGAAUACUACAGUUGGCGUCGCGGCAUGGAGUUGCGCACUAUCGAAUCCCUGAAUCUACAUUCACAUCCGUCUGAGAUUGAAGAAUAG